AUGAUUUGGUAUGUGGCCACUCUGAUAGCAAGUGUAUUCAGCACCAGAGGAACGGCCGCUCAAGGUGCCCACGGAGUGAGAGAGGAGCCCCGGUUUGUGACGGCGCGCGCCGGUGAGAGCGUGAUCCUGGGGUGUGACGUGUCCCCUCCCCUGGACGGCCAGCAGCCCCCCUAUGUGGUGGAGUGGUUCAAGUUUGGAGUGCCUAUUCCCUUCUUCAUCAACUUCCGCUUCUACCCUCCUCAUGUGGAUCCAGAGUACACUGGUAGAGCCUCUCUGCACGGGAAGGCCUCCUUACAGAUUGACCCAGUGCGCUCGGAGGACCAAGGCUGGUACGAGUGCAGGGUCCUGAUGCUGGAGCAACAGUACGACACCUUCCACAACGGCAGCUGGGUGCACCUCACAGUCAAUGCCCCACCUUCAUUUACAGCGACGCCGCCGCAGUAUGUGGAGGCGAAGGAAGGGGGAAGCACUAUGCUUAGCUGCUCUGCCCAGGGAAAUCCAAAACCAAUUAUCAGCUGGCUGAGGGAGGGGGAGGAGCUCGUGACCAACACAAAAUAUUCGGUACAUGAUGGCACCCUUACCAUCCUUGGCAUCACUAGGGAUGACAGAGGGGCGUACACAUGCCGAGCCUACAGUGACCAGGGAGAGGUGCUCCACACAACCCGUCUGCUGGUUCAAGGGCCUCCAUACAUCGUCUCUCCACCAGAAAAUGUCACAGUAAACAUAUCCCAGAAUGCACUCUUCACCUGCCAAGCGGAGGCGUAUCCUGGCAACCUGACCUACACCUGGUUCUGGGAAGAGGAAAACGUCUACUUCAAGAAUGAUCUGAAGCUCCGAGUGCGUAUUCUCAUCGACGGCACCCUUAUCAUCUUCCGGGUCAAGCCGGAGGAUGCUGGGAAAUACACCUGCAGUCCGAGCAACAGUCUCGGUAUCUCGCCCUCGGCAUCAGCCUACCUGACUGUUCAGUACCCUGCCCGAGUGAUCAACAUGCCCCCGGUCAUCUAUGUCCCACGGAAGCUGCCUGGCAUCAUCCGCUGCCCGGUGGACGCCAACCCACCUGUGACAUCAGUGAAGUGGGAGAAAGACGGAUAUCCCCUCAGAGUGGAGAAGUACCCCGGUUGGAGCCUGACGCCGGACGGAAGUAUCCGGGUAGCGGAGGCCACAGAAGACUCCCUGGGCACCUACACCUGUGUGCCUUACAACGCCCUUGGUACCAUGGGCAUGUCCCCCCCUGCCACUUUGGUGCUAAAGGAUCCCCCUUACUUUAAUGUGAGGCCUGGGGGGGAGUACCGUCAGGAGGCUGGGAGAGAGCUUGUUAUCCCCUGUGCUGCUUCUGGAGACCCUGAUAUACCAACCAUCACCUGGAGAAAGGUGGGGAAGCCAAGCAAGAGUAAGCACAACAUCCUACCCAGUGGCAGCUUACAGUUUCUGUCUCUCAGCAAGGAGGACCACGGAGAAUGGGAGUGUGUAGCCACCAAUGUGGUCACAAGCAUCACUGCCAGCACACGUAUCCUAGUCAUCGGCACCAGCCCUCACGCCCCUGGCAAUAUCCAUGUAUUGCCCUCAACAACAUCUGCUAAUGUGUCCUGGGAACCAGGAUAUGAUGGCGGCUACGAACAGACGUUCUCUGUCUGGUAUGGUCCAGUGUCAAAGAGAACAGACUUCGGUCCUCAUGACUGGCAUUCGAUGCCAGUUUCUGGUGCUCAGACCUGGUUGGUGGUGCCAGGGCUGGAGCCUGGGACAGAGUACCAGUUCAGUGUGCUGGCACAAAACAAACUGGGCACGGGCCCAUUCAGCGAAGUUGUGACAGUCAACACUGCAGGCUCUCCUCUGGGUACCCCAGAACCACUGGUGCUUCUUACUCCACCACGGUGCCUCACAGCCAAUCGCACGCAGCACGGUGUCCUCCUCACAUGGCUCCCUCCAGGCAACCACUCCUCACCCAUCGACCGAUACAUCAUGGAGUUUCGCCUUGGGGAGAGGUGGGAGGUUCUGGAUGACCUGAUCCCAUCCACUGAGACCGAGCUCAUAGCCAGAGACCUGGUUCAGGAGUCCUGGUAUGAGUUUCGAGUGAUGGCUGUCAUGGAUGAUCUGAUCAGUGAGAGCAGCAACGUAGUGGGAGUGUCUAGCACGGAUCCUUUCCCCCCUGCAGAGUUGCCGGAUGAGGGGCUGGCACGGCCGGUGGUGGCGGGGGUUGUGGCGACUAUCUGUUUUCUGGCAGCGGCAGUCCUGUUUAGCACUCUAGCAGCUUGCUUUGUCAAUAAGCAACACCGUCGCAAACUCAAGCGUAAACCAGAUCCUCCCUUGUCGGUGACACACUUCAGGAAAAGCAUUGAGUCACCGCCUCCUCUCACCCCUUUGCCAGGGGUAGAGCCCUGCUGGGACGAGCCUGCCAGGAGCAGUUUCUUGCCCCCGCCCGCCAGCCCCCUGUUGUCAUCGGGGAAGAUAAGUCCGGAGAGCUCUCCUCCAUCUCGGCCCCGCUCUCUUUCUUCAGAGGGCUCCCAAGGCCCAGGCCUCUACGUCAGGAAGCUGCCCAGCCCUCAGAGAGAGCGAGACAAAGAGCUCUCCUUCUACAAGAAAACCAAGCGUGCCAUAGCCAGCAAGAAGUACAGUGUGUCCAAGUAUGAGGCAGAGGUCACCACGCCCAUUGAGCUGAUAAGCCGCGGCCCCGAUGGCCGCUUCGUCAUGGAGAGCCCACCGCCCCGCCGCAUCCACGGCUUCCCCUUCGCAGAGGAGUCUGACAUGUACCCCGAGUUCCGGCAGUCUGAUGAGGAGAAUGAUUUUGACCCCGGGCCUCUACCGCCCAUCAUGCCCACGCUGCGGCCUCAGCUCUCCCCAACGUCCUCCAGCCUGGAGUCAACGCAGCCCCCCAACUACAGCCCCCGCCUACACAGGGCCAUGGAAGGUAUGAGCUUUGCAGAGGGCAGUGCACUUCACGCCUCAGGGCAGGCCCCGGCUUCCCGCUACAGGGGCUUUCCCCAGGGCCCAUUCUAUGGGUAUCUAGGCAGCCGCAUUGAAUCAGGGAUUCCACCACCAUUCUACAUGCCUGACAUCAGCCCGCGUAGCUCUGCUCUGUCCUCCCCACCGGGCACCGCCGAGGGGCCAUUUGGUUACCCCUCCAUCCCCGAGGAGAGUGGAGAGAUGGAGCACCAUCAGUACACUGCCUCUGGCCAUUCUCUGUCUCACACGCACAGCCCUCCUCCUCGCUCUCCUGAAAGCUGGCAGCCCCAUGAGUUACCCUUCCUGGGUCUAGAGGGUCCCCGGUUCAUAUACCCACCUCACCAUACCUUACAUCAUUCCCAGGACCUCCCUGAUCCACCCCCAUACCCUCCUCACUCUCUCCCCCCCAGUCGCCUGCACUUCUCUUCCCUAAAGGAUCCAACAAGCCCCGGACUCCUGCAGCUGGAGGUCCCUGUGGCUCCCCCAGGCAGAGACAGGCCCCUGGGGCCUCCGGUUAGGCGCUUAGCUAUGCAACAGGCCCAGAGUCUCGGCCAGCUCAGACACACGGCCCACGGUGUGGGUGUACCAGUGUUGCCUUACCCUGACCCGGCAGCCCGUGCAGGGAGCCCAAGCACAGCCCCCAGUAGUAGCCCUCAGUCCUGGCUCAGCCCGAGGGCGGGGCGCCGGGCGGACCCCAGCCUACCCCCGCUAGUGCUCCAGCCCUCCCGCCUCUCUCCCCUCUCCCAAAGCCCCCUUAGCACCCAGCCGGGUUCCCCAGAUAUUCUAGUGCGGCCCCCUCCGCGCCCCAGCAUCCUCCGCACCUCUCGGUCUCUGGAGAUGCACGAAAUAACCCUGCAGCCCUCGGCCACUGUCAGUUUCUCCCGGAGGUCCUCCCUGUCCGCCUCUCCCACUCAGAGCCAGGGCACCAGGCACCCCAGCCCCAGUUACCACGCCCACAUGUCCUAUGCCUCCACUGCAGCCAGUUACCCCUCCCAGUCUCCCUCUCCCCCUCUGGAGGGCAGGGAUGUUUUCGGGCAGAGGCCAUCCCAGAGAAGGACAGAGGAGGAGAUGCUACCCUCAGAGCCCUCCCAGCUCCAGAUAUCAGCCUCAGGGGAACCUCUAGGUGCGUCUAGUGAUCCUGCCGGGUCUGAGAGCUUGCCAGCACUGCUACACCACUGUAUUACUAAAGCCAAGGGAGUGGCUGCCAACAACAAUAACAACGCAGCCUCCGGAAGGAGAACAGGUGUGUGUCCCUCUCAGACCCAGCAGCAAUCUCAGACACCCCAAGAGGGAAAGGAUCUCCACAGAAAGAGGAAAAGGCAUAACAAGAAGAACCCCUAUACCUAUUUGACCUCCCUCCUGCACCGCAGGCAGUCUGAGGAGGACCAGACAGGCAUACUGGCCAGUGCAGACUUCGAGGGCCCAAAUUAUGGGACCCUUCGCUGA